AUGGAGGAGCUGCCGCUGCCCGCCGGAAUCAAUGCCAGCACCUUCCCCGCCAAGCUGUGGGGCCUGGUGAACAGCCCCCGCGUCCGCUCCGUGCGCUGGGACAGCCAGGCCCAGGGCUUGCUCAUCGACCGCUUCCUCUUCGAGCGGGAGCUGCUCAGCCCGGGCGGCGCCCACGGAGGGGGCGGCCAGGGGGCGGGGGCGGCCCCGGACUGCUUCAAAGCCACGCACUUUGGCAGUUUCGUGCGCCAGCUCAACUUGUACGGCUUCCAAAAGGUGCCGUCAUGGCUUGGCUCAGCUGUGCCGGGCGAUGCCGGGGCGUGGCUUCACUUUAUGAACCCAAACUUCCGCCGCGAUCGCCCCGAGCUCCUGCUCCACAUCAAACGCCGGACCAGGGCCAACAGGCAGAGACUGGCCGCGGGGCUGGAGGUGCGUAGCCGCCAGCCCAGCCGCCUCCAGCGGCCCUCCACGGACCGGUCGCUGCCUGCCUUCCCCACCGGGCAGCCGCCCAGAGCCGCUCCCUUGCGCCAGAAGCACGAUGCUGCCUCACCUGAGGAUUCAGAGCUGCCUCCAGGCCCUUCCAAGAGAAGUGCAGGUGCUCAGGAGAGUGAGGCUUCCCCAGCAGCUGCCAAGAAAGUCUGUGCCACCUCUGGACUUGUUGGGGCUUCACCAGUGGAACCAUCAAGAGAGCUCAUCCAGAGAUUUAAUCUCCGCAAGCUCACGGUUCCACUGGUUCGCCUGGACCUGAAACGCCAUCCUGAGCUCAUGGUUCACCUCACUCCAAUCCACCCUGAAGCUGCUUGCAGGGCCCUGGGACACAGCAACAGCUGCUCAUCUUCUCAGCAGCACAGCCCAGCCUGCGAGCCAUCAGCUCCUUCAUGCCAGAAGCGCAGUGCUGCCUCACCUGAGGAUUCAGAGCUACCUGCAGGCCCUUCCAGGACCAGUCCAGAUCCUCAAGGGCGUGAAGCUUCCCCAGCACGUGCCAAGAAAGUGUUUGCUCCAUCUGCACCUGGGGUUUCAUCAGGCAAGCCAGGCACACACAAAUUUCAAUUCCAGCCACAGCUCAUCACUCCAGCAUUUCCUGCGCACCAUCAAAGCACUUCUGCGGCCUCUCCAAAGAGCAGCAGCUUCACUUCUCCAGAGCAGCACUUGCCAGCCAACAUCCCAUCAGCCGCCCCGGGCACUUCAGUCCCCAGUGCUCCAGCUGGCAGUGCUGGUUAUGCAGCAUGGAGAGCCCCAAGCUGGGUAUGGAGUACUCCUGGGGAAGAGGAAUUGCCACCACUGGAUCUGGACCUUGUUCUGGAGACACUGGAGGAGAUGCUUUCACCAUCUGUGCCUGAAAGGUCUCCCUCUGCUCAGGUCAAUCCUAGUGUUGCCUGUGGCUCUUCAGGAGGGGAGGCUGUGAACAAGGCUGCAGCAGAGGGAGCUUUGCCUGCUUGCGGGAGCUGUGUGAACGUUUGCCAGGAGCCCGAGGAGCUUGAUAUCCAUCUGAUCUACCUUGCCCGAAGGGCUGCCCUGCGUGGGAAGAAGGAUCAGAGGGAGAGCCUGUGACCAUCAGGCAGGUGGCAUCCCUCUGUUUAUAGAUAUAUUUAGAGAUUUUUUAUCUUGAUUUAUUUAUUUAUUUUAUCUUGAUUUAUUUAUAUAGUUACAAGUAUAGAUUGAUAGAGUUGUAUAGUUGUAUUUAUAGGUGUAUCUAUUUCUACAUCUGUAUAGUUUGUAUAGAUAGUUAGUUAUGGAUGAGGUAGGAUUUCAUUUUUAUGUAUACAGUUCCAUUUAUAGAUUUUCAAAUUUACAUUUCUAUAUGUAGAGAGUAACAUUUAGAUGUGCACACAUUUACAUUUAUAAAUGUGCAUAGUUCUUUAGUUAGAGCUAUCUGGACGUAUAGGUCCAUAGAUUGAGGUGUAUAGGCCUAGGCUGCAUUUUUGCCUCUUUCCCCCUUGGCUGCCUUUUUCAUCUCUUGUUUUUCCCGCUGUGCCCCUUGUGUCCCCAUGUGCUGGGUCCGAGCUGGGGCCGGGCCAGGCGGAGCAGCAGUUGCAGCCCUGGCUGUCCCUGGAGCGGUGGGAGCUGCCGGUGGCCCCAGGCACUGUCCUGUGAGGAGCUGCUGAAGGACGCUGUGCUGAAGAGCUUGAGGACAUCCAGACACUGCCAGGAGGCAGCAGGGAGAAGCUGAAGGCCUGGAGCAAGAGCAGUGAGCAGGGAUGUGCUGGGGCCACGCGAGAGCCUGGAUGUCCCAUCUGCUGUCCCUGUCCAGGAGAGCUGCUCUGCAUGGGAGGAAAAUACUGCGGGAGAAGCUUUGAAGAUGGGGCGGCUGAUUUAUUCUUAUGCAGUUCUAUGGAUAUUUAGAUUGGGACUGUGACAUUUGUAUAUUUUCAAUUAGUUUUGUUUUAUAUGUCUAUAUGUAUAUAUAUUGUAUGAAAUAUGUAAUAUUUAAUCUGUAUUUGCAUAUGUAGAUUGUAAUAGAUGUAUAUAUAGAGGUAUUUAGUUCUAUUGAAACAUGUAUGAAGAGGAAUAGUUGUAUAAUUUUAUCUAUGGAAUUCUUAGUACAGAAUUACUAAUGUUAUUUAGAGGGAGACACGGAUAUUUUUGUAUUUCUAUAUGUAAGCUUGCAGGAUUCUGUAAUAAAUUAAGUUGUUAAACACCUCAUUAAUCUUUGUCUAUAGUGACUUGUAGAGGUUAGCAAUAAAUUAAGUUCUUGCUAACUGCAGUUGGUAUUUGUAUAUUUUUACGUGGCAUUGUUGAGCUAAUAUAAUAAAUGACUUUUUUUAAAAUUAAUUGAGAUUUUUAUAG